AUGCCGCAGGGCUUGGCCAAUUCCUAUUCACUGUUUGUCCCAUUGACAACCCAGGAGCUCAGAGAUCUGGCAUCCAAACACCUGAACCUGGUCCUUGUGAAGCUGGAUGUUGCAAAUCCCUCAGCUAUUGCUGAUGCGGCAAAGAUCGUGGAGGAGAAGCUGAACGGCAUGGGCUUGAACCUGCUAAUAAACAAUGCUGGCAUCUACACCCCGACAGCGUCGCUGGAGACAGUAGAUGCUGAAGACAUGAUAAGGACGUACAAGACCAAUGCGGUGGGGCCUAUGCUGAUGGCCCAGGUGUUCCUGCCCAUGUUGAAGAAGGCUGCUCAGGAGAGCACGGAAAAGGGACUGAGUUGCAGCAGGGCAGCCAUUAUCAACAUCUCCACCAUCCUGGGGUCCAUCGAGAAAACUCCCGAGUCCUUCUUCAAGCCUGUCAUUUCCUACCGCUGCAGCAAGGCUGCCCUCAACAUGCUCACCAAGUGCCAGGCUCUGACCUACGGGGACGCUGGGAUCCUCUGCGUGGCACUUCACCCUGGCUGGGUGAAGACUGACAUGGGCAGCCAGGAGGCUGACCUGACGGUGGACACGAGUGUGCGGGGGCUGCUGUCUGUGCUGUCGACCCUCUCUGAGCAACACAGCGGGAGCCUGCUCAACUGGGAAGGUAAAGCUAUUCCUUGGUGA